AUGAAUAUGCCUGAGGAUGAAUAUGUGGACAAAACAUUUAUAUAUAAAUUUCCAACAUGUACCACAAAUCAAGAAUACGUAUUAGAAGUACCAUUAAAAAUACCAUAUCAUGGUUCUGUCAAAGAACUCAUGCAUCGUAUAAUGACAUCUUUUAAAUUACCAUCUUAUGUGGAAUCAGAUUUAUUAAAAUGUCUAAAACAUAAUAUUAAAGCUCUAACAUUGGAGUUUUAUGAUGAGAAAGCAGAGAAAGCUAUUGAAAAUACAAAAUCAGGAACAUUAGAUAUUGAAGAUAUUAUAAAAAAUUGGGAAAAGAUCUAUAAACAAAAGACAGUAGACUAUGCUGAUCCCAUUGGAACAACGGACGAAGAACUGUUUGCUGCUGCAUAUCAUAGAUUGGUACAUUCUCCUUCGUUAGAACCUAUUCUUCAAGCAGAACAUAAAUUUGGAAGAGAUGUAACUGAAGUUGUUCAAAUGAGAGAUACACACUAUGAACAACUCACACAAAAACAAACGGAAGAAAUGCGGGUCGCUGUCGAAGCUUUGGAGGCCGGUUCCACCGAAAAAUCUAUAAAUGAGAUGGCUGGACGACAUUUUGAAGAACAAAGUUUAUUGCAAGGUCAUUGGGGAUCAAGAGUCGAUGCAUUGAAAUUAGAACAAAGGCGGCAAUAUCGCAACUGGAUCAUGCGAUUAUUGGAAGAACAGCAAACUAACAUGCUACCAACUCCAGUAGGUUCUCCAAUGCUAUCGAUGCCACCAAUACGACCGGCUUUGGACAACUUUGUUCAUAGUGAGGAAAAAAAUACGACGGAAUAUCCUAUUUUGGAGGAAAGUUUCACUAUACAUUUAGGAUCCCAGAUGAAACAAAUGCAUAAUAUACGCAUACUAACUGGAGAUGUUUUAGAUUUUUGUAGAACAAAAAAGAGCGAGUCUGGUAUGGAUCCGACGCCUCAAAGACUUCAGACUGCUUUAGGAUUAUAUUCUAAUGAUUUAUGUGGAUUAGUACUAUUGAGCGACAAUCAUUUAGGAAGUUAUUCGGGAAUAACAAAAGAAUUAUGUUCGAUAUGUCAAUUAACGACAGAGUUUCAUUUCCCACCAAUCGAUGAACAAUUAGAGAAAAUUCGGGAAGACGUGAAAGAUGCUGUUGCUUGGAGACAAGCGCAUCAGAGAGAAGGAAACGAGUCACAAACAAAAAGAUCAACUGGUAGCAAAAGUCUACAAACAGGCGAUGUUUAUAUUACAAGACAUUCAAAUUUAGCACAAGUUCAUGUAAUUUUCCAUAUGGUAGUAAACGAUUCGUUACGAUCUGGCGAUAUCAAUUCGAGGCAUCCGGUUAUUUUAGGAUUACGAAACAUUUUGAAAACAGCCUGUUGCAAUGAUGUGACCACGCUAACUAUUCCUAUACUGCUUGUACAUGAAAUGUCGGAGGAUAUGACUGUAGCAUGGUGUACAAAGAGGGCAGAACUCGUUUUUAAAUGCGUAAAAGGAUUCAUGAUAGAAAUGGCAUCUUGGGGUGGCGCCGAAUUAAAAAAUCUACAAUUCUUAGUACCUAAGGGAAUGUCAGAGGAAGUAUUUGGAACUCUAGCUACAAUGUUACCGAGCAUAUUUCGAGUAUCAAAUCCAUUGGUAUUCAAAGCGACGAGUACACCGCAAACUCCGAAAAAGUGAACGACCCUCUUGCCACAUUGUACGUUAUCGUACAAACGUUAAAAAUAUGAAAUAUUUGUUAUUAUGUAUCAUACAUCUUGGCGGAAAUAAUCCGUCAUGGGUGUGAAUACGAUAUGAUUCUGUGAAUAAAUGCAUGACUCUUAAUAAACAGAAUCGUUUAUAUUACAUUUGUAAGAUGGAUUUUCCGUUGAUCAAUAUUAAGUGCAGAACGUUUAUCAUAUGCUAUA